AUGUCCGCCUUCAAGAGGGUCAACGUGAAGGGUGGCAUCUCAAGGCAGUCAAUAUUGGCUCCUUUGCGGGAGGCUCAGAUUGUCAGCUCAAAGCCAGUAUUUCCAGCAGAGAUCCUGUCCACCAUUCUCGAUUACCUACCAGUCCCAGGCCAACUGCGAUUUGCUCGCGUGUCGAAACGGAUGCGGGAGAUGGUCUACGAUGACACGAGAUGGGUGCAAAGACUACAGCUAAUGGGAUGCUGGGACGAGAAUGAAGCCAGAAAGAGCGCAGAGGCCGCAAGACGUAAGAGAUCUGAGACGCUGCAGAGCAUACACGAAGAGGAAGCCAAACGUGCUGGAAUUGGGGUCAAUGGUACAGCAAAUGGAACGAACGGAUCCGAUAACCCAGAGCGACCCAGUGUUACCCUUUUCGACGCUGCGAUAGAAGCUGCAGAACACGAAGGGAAGACGAAUGGUGGCCCAUUGAAAGUAGCGCCACCCAUUGAAGACGGAUUCGAUGCGAUUGAAACCUCUCCUCGAGGAAGGCCCGCAGCCUACAAAUCGCAAGAUACUGCGUCACGGAUAGAUAUCUUUGCUCAUGUCUAUUCACUCCGGGGUUUCGCACGGCAAGAAUACGGCAAAGUCUAUGGAGCUCUGGCCCCUUUCUAUCUAGACGCCAUACGCUGCGAGAAUCACACGCAUGCUACAGUCUUCCGCACCUACCGAGACCCAACUCAGCAAGCCCGGAUGCUCUUCAACAUCAGCAAAUUCUCUAACAGUGACAUGUCUGAAGGAUGGCAGAAAAGGAAGGAGAAAUUCGAUGCUUUGGUCGGAGCCUUCGAGAUGGCAGUCUCCAAGGAGUUUGAGCAAGCUUUGGACGCUGGAGAUGUCGCUGGGAAGAUGAGAAAGUAUGCACAUGUGCUGGCCUAUCUUAAUGGUGGCCAUUCGGGGGUAGAGCUCUUUAUCUCAAAAAGCUCAAUCAUUGGCUCAAGGUACAGGUUAGGGAAUGCCCUGGAUUGCCUGAACCGAAAAGGCCCUGGCAGCUUCUCGACGGAGGAGUCGUACAAUUUCUUCAGUAACGUAUCAACGGCUUUCAAUGAGCAGGUCGGCAUCAUCGACCAGAUCUUUCCCACUUCUGUCAAUGCCAUUGUACCCUUUGUGCAACGAGUUGGUAAAGCGGUUAUCUCCGAUUAUCUGACCACCCUGUAUGAUGAAGCACACCGCACGAAUAUUGAGUCUUAUUUGAGAGCCGUAUCCGCUACUUGCGACCAGUUUCUGGAGAUGACCAGGUCUUUGCGGCCAACAUCUGCCUCUGGAGACGAUUUCUACGAGACCCUGGACGAGGUCAUUGCUACUAUCUUCGAACCUCACAUCGAUCUCUACCUGAAAGAAGAAUUGGAAUUUUUCAAGAAGAAGUCCUCUGCGGAAGUCAACAACUGGGAAAAACAGCUUUCUGAACAAGAUGCAUCUAUGCAAUCAAUGUUUAUGUCCAAUGUCAAUCGCCAAGCUGACAAAAGGGAUUUUUUGACCUCUUUCAAGAAGGUCGUCAUGAUGCCUGUUAAUGUGCUGCCCACCUUCCCAAUGUCAUCACCAUUCGGUGGCAAGCCGGCCACUGCAAAAGCCCUGGUGAAUGGAGAAGCCCUGGCAACCACAGAAGUCUCCGGAUCUCAGACUUCUACAAGACCGUCAAGUCCAGGCGUCAUCAAUGGCACUACUUUGAGCGUCAACAGACCUACAACGGAAUUGCCAGAGCCACCUACAACGGAAUUGGCUGCCAAAGCCGCAAUCAUGAACUCCAGGCUGGAAGGGAUUCGCUCUCUUUUCAGUAUUGAAGUAGCUUUGAACCUUGUUCAUACUGCGAAGUCAAGCAUCGAACGAGCCGCUGUCUUUGUCAAAGUUGGUGGGCAUAUCGCUAGCGAUGCCCGUCUACAGUGUGAGCUCGUGUUUAUCUCGCUACUGCAGACCUUGGGCACGCGCCACAUCAAAGCUGGGUUCGACCAGGCAGUGGAUCAUCUAUCAAAAUAUAAACCUAAAGAGGUCGACGAGCAACAGGGGUCCGGCGUCACGCCACUGGUCACUUUUCUGGAGCUUGUUAAUGUGGGAGAUCUGAUUCAACAGAUGUUGGACGUUUUCUACGAACAGGAACUUAUCACAACCAAGCUCUCUGACCGCAAUGACUUCCUCAACCCUGCUGUCAAGGAGAAGAAACGCUUCGAGCAAAUACUUGACGAACGUGUGGCCGCUGGGCUCAACAAGGGUAUCGAGGUAUUGAUGGCAGAAGUAGAAUACUUGAACGCUACUAGCCAGAAACCUCAGGAUUUCAACCCAGGUGCUGCAAGCGGAGGCGAUCCUGACGUUAUGGAUAUUGGUCCGAGUCAGGCAGCAAUACAAGUCAUCGAAACUGUUUCGUCCCACACGAGGAUGCUGGUCGGCAGCACGGACAAGAAUAUGCUUGAUGUUUUCAACCAGGAAGUUGGAAUGAGGCUCUUUGCAGCAUUGUGCAAACAUCUAAAGAGACAGCGUAUCAGCGUUAACGGCUCACUCAAAUUGAUAAGUGACAUGAACCUCUACUUCACGUACAUACAAACACUCAAGAAUGAGGACCUACUUCAAUUUUUCAAGGCGCUUCGCGAGCUCUCCCAGAUAUAUCUAGUCGAUCCCGCUGAUGCGAAGGAGCUUGCGACCAUCAUUGCAGACGGGGACCGUUUCCAUGGGAUUUUUCGCGCAGAGGAAGUUUAUCAGUUCGCGGAAAGGCGAGCGGACUGGUAUCAGAUCAAGAGCAAAGUGGAGAGAGCAAUGUAUGGUAUCGGCUGCAUGGUAAUGUGA